AGCAACCAAAUCGCUCAAUUUUUUUUUUCCUUGGGAACAAAUCGCAGAGUUUUUAACUGUUAUACCAGCCAUUAACCACGAAAAACACAGUCAGACAGUGGUUCAUCCCCGUAAAUUUACCCCAAAGGGGGUGGCGAAUUUCCCACCUACCCCAACCACAACCACAUAGUCUAGCGUAUCAUCUUCUCCGUCAAUCUAUAACCUUUACUCUCUCUCUCUCUCUCUCUCUAAACACUGGCUUUUCUCCUCUAAAUUUAGAUUUAACGGCACUUCUCCGCUAAAUCUCUCUCGUUCUCACUUCACUUCGCUCUUACUUAAUCCAAAUUAUUUCCUAAUCCUGAUUAAGCCACUAGCAUUUCGCUUCUCUCUGCUCUAAUUCUUCACAAUCUCAGUCCGUUGGUGUCAGAUCUGAGCCCUGUCGCACCAGAUCCAAGCGCAAAACCCUCUGUUCACUGUUAGUUUCUUCAAUGGAGGAGGUGCUGGAACUGGUGCGUGCCAAGGACACCAAGGAGCGUAUGGCCGGUGUGGAGAGGUUGCACCAGUUUCUAGAAGCUUCUAGGAAGAGUUUGAGUUCCGCGGAAACCACUUCUCUAGUCGAUUGCUGCUUGGAUCUUUUGAAAGAUAAUAAUUUCAAGGUUUCUCAAGGUGCUUUGCAGGCUUUGGCUUCGGCUGCUGUGUUGUCCGGUGAGCAUUUGAAGUUGCAUUUCAAUGCGCUUGUCCCCGCCGUCGUUGAGCGGUUAGGCGAUGCUAAACAACCAGUUAGAGACGCUGCCAGACGGCUCUUACUCACUCUCAUGGAGGUUUCUUCACCAACAAUAGUUGUUGAGAGAGCAGGCUCUUAUGCCUGGACACAUAAAAGCUGGAGGGUUCGUGAAGAAUUUGCUAGGACUGUCACAUCAGCAAUCGGUCUUUUUGCAGCUACUGAGCUUCCUCUUCAACGGGCUAUUCUCCCGCCUAUUUUGCAGAUUUUGAAUGACCCAAAUCCUGGUGUGAGGGAAGCUGCUAUAUUGUGCAUUGAGGAUAUGUAUACACAGGCAGGGCCUCAAUUCCGUGAUGAGCUUCACCGUCAUCAUCUUCCUAUGUCUAUGAUGAAAGAUAUUAAUGCUAGACUAGAGAAGAUUGAACCACAAAUACGCCCUUCAGAUGGACCAACGGGUAAUUUUGCUAUUGGAGAGAUGAAGCCUAUUACCCUUAACCCCAAGAAAAGUAGUCCAAAGGCCAAGAGUUCUGCAAGGGAGAUGUCUCUUUUUGGAGGAGAAAGUGAUGUUACAGAGAAACCCAUUGAGCCAAUUAAGGUUUACUCAGAAAAGGAGCUAAUCAGGGAAAUUGAGAAGAUUGCUUCUACCCUUAUUCCAGAAAAGGAUUGGUCCAUACGAAUAGCUGCCAUGCAGAGAGUUGAGGGUCUUGUUUUAGGACGUGCUGCUGAUUACUCAUGUUUUCGGGGACUUCUAAAGCAACUUGUUGGCCCUCUAAGUACACAGUUAUCUGAUCGAAGGUCUAGCAUAGUGAAGCAGGCUUGCCAUCUGUUAUGCUUUUUAUCGAAGGAACUCUUGGGAGAUUUUGAGGCGUGUGCUGAGAUGUUUAUUCCUGUCCUUUUCAAGCUGGUUGUAAUUACUGUACUUGUAAUUGCAGAGUCUGCAGAUAACUGCAUAAAAACGAUGUUACGCAACUGCAAAGUUGCCCGUGUGCUUCCUCGCAUAGCUGAUUGUGCAAAGAAUGAUAAAAGUGCAGUACUUCGUGCAAGAUGUUGUGAAUAUGCGCUGCUGAUACUAGAAUACUGGGCUGAUGCUCCAGAAAUACAGCGGUCAGCUGAUCUUUAUGAAGAUCUGAUAAGGUGUUGUGUUGCAGAUGCAAUGAGCGAGGUGCGAUCAACUGCAAGAAUGUGCCAUAGAAUGUUUGCAAAAACUUGGCCGGACCGUUCCCGCCGCUUAUUUUCAUGUUUUGAUCCUGUAAUUCAACGGAUUAUUAAUGAAGAGGAUGGGGGCUUGCAUAGGCGACAUGCUUCUCCUUCCCUCCGAGAUAGAAGUGCACAAUUGUCAUUUGCCUCUCAAGCAUCUACUCGGAAUUUACCUGGAUAUGGAACUUCUGCAAUUGUUGCAAUAGAUAGAACUUCAAGCUUGUCCUCUGGAACGUCUCUCUCUUCUGGCCUCAUGUCUGAAGCAAAGACCCUAGGUAAAGGUACUGAACGUAGUCUGGAGAGUGUACUGCAUGCAAGUAAACAGAAGGUCACUGCAAUUGAAAGCAUGCUUAGAGGUUUGGAAGUAUCAGACAAACAGAAUCCUUCAGCUCUUCGGUCAUCUAGUUUGGAUCUAGGAGUUGACCCUCCAUCAUCUCGUGAUCCACCAUUCCCGGCUACUGUUCCAGCUUCUAAUCAUCUCACAAACUCUCUAACUUUAGAAUCAACUGCUAGCAUCAGUAAAAGUGGUAACCGCAAUGGUGGCUUAGUUUUGUCUGAUAUCAUCACUCAAAUUCAAUCUUCCAAAGACUCUGCUAAAUUAUCAUGUCAAAGUAGCGUGGCAACUGAGACUUUGUCAUCAUUUUCAUCAUACUCAGCUAAGAGGGCUUCUGAAAGACUCCAAGAAAGAGGUUCCAUUGAAGAGAACAAUGACAUCAGGGAAGCUAGGCGAUUUGCAAAUCCACACAUUGACAGGCAGUAUGUAGAUAUGUCUUACAAAGAUGUAAACUUCAGGGAUUCUCAGAACAGUCACAUUCCCAACUUUCAGAGGCCACUUUUAAGAAAGCAUGUAACUGGACGGAUGUCUGCUGGGAGAAGAAGUUUUGAUGACAGCCAACUUUCACUUGGGGAGAUGUCAAAUUAUGUAGAAGGCCCUGCAUCUCUUACUGACGCACUGAGUGAGGGACUUAGUCCAAGUUCUGACUGGAAUGCUAGAGUUGCUGCUUUUAAUCAUCUCCGGUCUUUGCUGCAGCAAGGGCCUAAAGGUAUUCAGGAGGUGAUCCAGAACUUCGAGAAGGUAAUGAAGUUGUUUUUCCAGCACUUGGAUGAUCCUCAUCAUAAAGUUGCACAAGCAGCUCUUUCAACACUUGCAGAUAUUAUUCCCUCUUGCCGAAAGCCCUUUGAGAGUUACAUGGAAAGGAUCUUACCUCAUGUAUUUUCUCGAUUAAUUGAUCCCAAGGAACUAGUUAGGCAACCUUGCUCAACAACUCUGGAAAUUGUCAGCAAAACGUACAGUGUCGAUACUCUCUUACCAGCUUUGCUCCGUUCACUAGAUGAACAACGAUCACCGAAGGCCAAAUUGGCUGUUAUUGAGUUUGCUAUCAGUUCCCUUAACAAACAUGCAAUGAAUUCUGAAGGUUCUGGUAACAUAGGCAUUCUGAAAUUGUGGCUAGCUAAGCUGACUCCUCUAGCCCGUGAUAAAAAUACUAAGCUCAAGGAGGCAGCUAUUACAUGCAUUAUAUCAGUUUACUCCCACUAUGAUCCAACAGCUGUCCUAAAUUUCAUUCUUAGUUUGUCAGUUGAAGAACAGAAUUCAUUGAGACGAGCCCUUAAACAGUACACUCCUCGUAUUGAAGUCGACUUAAUGAACUUUUUACAGAACAAGAAAGAGCGACAGCGCUCGAAGUCCUCUUAUGACCCAUCUGAUGUUGUUGGAACAUCUUCAGAGGAAGGAUAUAUUGGUGUGUCAAAGAGUCAGUUCUUUGGAAGGUAUUCUGCUGGUUCCAUUGAUGGUGAUGGUGGCAGGAAAUGGAGUUCUACCCAAGAAUCAACCCUGAUCACUAGCAUUGGCCAAGCAGCUUCUGAUGAAAAUCAGGAGAACUUGUAUCACGAUUUUGAGAAUGGUUCUAAUGUUGAUAUUCAUAGUUCAAAAACUAGGGAUUUUUCCUACAUGGUCAAUUCUACCAUACAGAAUGUGGGACCCCAGGCUGGCUGCCUUGAAAAUGUGGACAACAGCCUGAAUUUGGAGGGUUUGUCUACUCGUCAUCUGGACAUUAACGGACUGAUGAGUUCUGAAGCUUUGGUGGAUGCUGAAGGCAUUCAGCAUGAAAAUGAUGCCUCGCUUGACUUGGACCUUAAUCAUCAUAAGCCUGAAGCUGUAAAGAUCAACUCUUUUUCAGAUUCAGGUCCUAGCAUUCCCCAAAUUCUUCACCUGAUUUGUAAAGAUAAUGAUGAAAGUCCUGCAAGUAGGCGAGGAGCUCUUCAGCAGUUAACUGAAGCAUCUAUAGCUAACGAUCACUUUGUUUGGUCCAAGUACUUCAAUCAAAUUUUGACAGCUGUACUUGAGGUGUUGGAUGACAGAGAGUCCUCAAUCCGGGAACUUGCUCUUUCAUUGAUUGUUGAAAUGCUUAAAAACCAGAAAGAUGCAAUGGAAGAUUCCGUUGAGAUUGUGAUUGAGAAGCUGCUUCAUGUUACGAAGGAUGCUGUUCCAAAAGUUUCUAAUGAAGCUGAGCACUGCCUGAGCAUCUUGUUGUCUCAGUAUGAUCCAUUCAAAUGUUUAAGUGUGGUUGUCCCUUUAUUGGUUACUGAGGAUGAGAAAACUCUUGUUACGUGCAUAAACUGUUUGACAAAGCUUGUGGGCCGUCUUUCACAAGAGGAGCUAAUGACCCAGUUACCGUCAUUUUUGCCUGCACUUUUUGAAGCAUUUGGAAAUCAGAGUGCAGAUGUUCGCAAGACUGUUGUUUUCUGCCUGGUAGACAUAUAUAUAAUGCUUGGGAAAGCAUUUUUGCCAUACUUGGAGGGGCUUAACAGCACACAGUUGCGGUUGGUGACCAUAUAUGCUAAUCGGAUAUCACAAGCGAGAACAGGCAUCUCUGUAGAUGCUAGCCAUGAUUAGCAUUGGUUUGUUGAGUUUGUAAUUUGUGGGGUUAGGGUAUCGGUUUAUUCAUUGUUGUGUAUUAUUGUAUAUUUGUGUGAAUGCAGUGUGAGAGUGGUUCUUUUUGCCUAGUGCUUGUUCUUCUUAGAUAUUUAUUUUCUUAUUCUUCUAUUUUCAUAUAUCCCUUGUGUUUGUCAUUGUUUGGUUUUGAGGGAAGAGAGUGCUUUUAGUGGGAAACAAAUUAUUUUGUAUUAUUUUGCAAAUAUUGUAAUCAAUAUUUUCGAAAACAGCCUGAGUAAUAUGGGAAGAUGGAAAUGUUCUGUUUCCCCUCCCUUGAGAAACA